UCACCUACUCUCGCGGGUCCUCAAGCGUUCUCCUGCGGAACCUUUGAACCGGGGUACUCGAGCCCACAGGGAAGAGCAGCGGAAGGGGCCUUUCCGAAUGAUUUGGAAUGAAAGGAAGUGGAAGAAACGCGGAACCAUGGCCGCUAUGGUUGCUGUUUGCGGUGGUCUAAGGAGGAAGAAGUUAACACACUUGGUAACGGCUGCUGUCAGCCUUACACAUCCCGGAACUCAGACGGUGCUUUGGAGAAGAGGUUGUUCACAACAGGUAUCCAGCAACGAGGACCUGCUUUUGUCCCAGUUUGUUUCUCCAUUUACUGGAUGCAUUUAUGGAAGGCACAUUACAGGUCUUUGUGGGAAGAAACAGAAAGAAAUCACAAAAGCAAUUAAGAGAGCUCAAAUAAUGGGGUUUAUGCCAGUUACAUACAAGGAUCCUGCAUAUCUCAAGGACCCUAAAGUUUGUAACAUCAGAUAUCGGGAAUAAAUUAUAUCACGUUACCACUAAUAAACUUAUUUUACAGUAAGUGGUUGUAUGAUGCCAAUACUGACUCAAACCAACCUUUGGAUAGAAAAGUGUUUCCGGAGUGAGGUAAAGAAUGACACUUCCCCUUCAUACCAAUGUCCAUUAAGCAGAUUGCUUAUUUAAAAUGUUAACACUCAUCGCAUUUUAUCUAUGUUGAAUAAAAGUGGUUCUGUGUGAUUGUCAUUUA